UGACACGUUUAGCUUCCGGUUGCUCUCCGAUGCCUGUACAUCAGGCACAGAAGUGUUGGCAAUGCAGCCGCCCCUCCCGACAGCCACAGUCAGAGAGCUGGUGUGCUCCUGUCUGCAUCGAGACCCUGUAGCAUCAGACCUGUGCUGCAGCCUAUUCGUGGCCGCCGUACAGAGCUAUAAACAUGAUUCAGUGCUCAGACCAUUCCCUCCUCGCUACCUUAGAGGAGAGAUCAAGGACUUUGAGGACCUGCAAAAAGAUGUGGAUACUUUACCAAAUGUGAGAGAUCUGGUUCGUCUGGGACAUGGAAAUGGAGACCAUCACCUGGCUCUUGUGCACUGGGUUCUUUCGUCUAAGGGUUUCGCUGUGAAGACCCUUCAGAAAGAGGAGUUUUCCAGACUCAGUCAGCUGAUCCAAAGUGAAGGGGUGUCUGCUCCAGCCCCAGACUUCCUCUUUGAACUUCAGUACUGUGAUCUGCUCAACUCCAAGUUUGAGAGGACGCGGGCUGGACGGGAUCUAAUCUAUGCAUUCCAUGGCAGCAGACUGGAGAACUUCCAUUCCAUCAUACAUAAUGGAUUACACAGCCAUCUAAAUAAGACAUCACUAUUUGGAGAAGGCACAUACCUGACCAGUGACCUCAGCAUGGCCAUCCUGUAUAGUCCCCAUGGUAAUGGAUGGAGGGAAAGUGUUCUCGGGCCAUUGCUCAGCUGCAUUGCCUUGUGUGAAAUCAUCGAUCAUCCAGAUGUAAAAUGUCAGGUGAAGAAGAAAGACUCGGAGAGCAUUGACCGCCAGCGUCUGAGGGCCAGGAACAGUGAAGGAGGUGAGGUGCCUGAGAAGUACUUUGUGGUGACCAACAAUGAGCUGUUGAGAGUGAAAUACCUGCUGGUGUACUCUCAGAGACGCUACAGAUCACGAAAUGCUCAAGGGACAUCAUGGCUCGUCAGACAUCAUUUUGCGAUAAUGAUGGGCCUCUAUCUUCUGCUCCUUAUAUUCAUUGGUGCCUUCAACUCGUCCGCUUUCCAGUCCUUCUGGCACAGAAUGUUCCGGUGACACAGGCCACCGCUUGCAUCACGUAAACCUUCUUGUCCAAAGUGCCUUUACUCACAAAGACUAUCAUGAAAGAGCCUCGUUCUAGGCAAAACAAGACAACGCUCAGGAACUGUCUCAAUACAACAUUCCUCCCUGUUUCAUUUUGUUUCAUUUGUUCUACAUGGUUAUCAGUUCCACCAUCACCCUUUUAUUUUUUUAUGUAGUUUUGGGUGAUUGUCACAAAACCUAUCAAGAAAAUGUCCUGCUACAUUUUAACUCUAAAAUAAAUACAAAAACAAAUAAUGAUAUUUUGCAUAAAUUAAGCAUAAUUUUUAGAUUAUCUUCAUGAUAGUUACACACAUUUUCCUCCCAAUUCUCAUUACCGCAGUGUAAAAAUACAAAAAAUAAUUAAUUAAACUGUAAAGUAUUUAAAAAUUAUAGUAGUACUCCCAUGGUUCUGCCUUUUAAUUUUUGCUGAUUUUAAUUAAAACUUUUUUUACAACAGCAUUGUUUUUAACUAUAAUAUAGUAGGAAAAAAAUCCUGUGUUACGGUAAUGAAAAUCAUCAUUGAAAGCAAUGGGGAAAGUGAAAGUAAAAUGUCCGGAUGCAUUUUGGUAAUGACAUUUGUGUAAAAUGUGCUUAAGUGUCCUGAAAAUAAUUUCACAAUGCAAAAAAUGUUCUUUUAUUUUUUUUUUGCAUUGUGAAAAAAAAAAAUAUAUAUUAUUAUUAUUAUUAUUAUUAUUAUUUUUGAUUUGGGGUUAAAUAUGACCAGAUUACUUUCUUGACAGGUUUCAUUAGAAUCACCCUUUGAUAUAAACACUGUGCAUUUACCAGAGUAAAACCUGCAUUUUGUGCAAAUUAGCUUUGUGAAUGUGCAUUUUGUUACGUGUUGGCAUGUAGUCUAUUAAAUAACGAUGGUAACUUUUCUACUGUUUGAAUGAUAAGUUCACUAUAUUAACCAAAUGAUCAAAUAUUUUUCUUUAUAAGCAUUGUCCACUAGAUUUAACGCAUUGGUUUUUGGCCUAGACAUUGGCAAAAUUGCUGCUUGUAUUAAUACAUCUCAGAACCGUGAGGUAAAUCAGAUCUCUAAGGUGUUUUUAUAUUAGAUUGAGGUUUUUGCUCCUGUGUAGAAUGUCAUAUAUUCCUAGACUACAAAAUGAUGUCACUUAUGCAGAAGAACCAUGCCAUUAUGGUCUAUUUCAGCAAAACUGUCAUUAAUAUUAGUCUUUAUUUUGCAUAAAUGUUUCUGAUUUAUUAAUUUGAAUAAUCCAGUUCGUCUGAAUAUUGAAAUUAUUUAAAUAAAUACAGUAUCCUU